CAUCCCUGGCGAGGCUGCUCGCUCCGUCCACCCACGCGUGUUUUGGGGAAUCUCGUCUUUCCUUACUCGUGUGUAGCCGGCCGCACCAUUGUGACCGAGCUCUUGUUGUUCGGGUGCUGUGCAGAACAAGGUGCUUGCCGUUAGCGAGCGCCUAUUAAGGCCGCCUGCUAUAGGGUGUACGAGAGAGGGGGGUGCUAGGGGCAGCAGUAUAGAGAGUAAUUCCGAAAACACGCGUGCACACAUAACACAAUUUGACAUUCACAGUUACACAGACACACUUUGACCCACCUAAUUUCACACACGUACACGCGAUCGCACGUAAUUUAAUCACCGCAAAAGUUGCAUAAUUUCACGAACAACGACACGCACAUCAUUUUCCACGUAUGUAUAAGAGUUAAUUUAACAAUCAUUGUAACACAUACGUUCACACGCAAUUGUGCACACGCAGUUCGCACGCACGCACGCCACGCGCGCAGUCACACAGACAAAGAUCACCCGUGUAGCCUUAACAGGUGCUGUGUUAGCCCUUAGCGAACCACAUAUUAAGGUACGGCCACGGAGGUUAAUUGGUGGUGUGGCCGAUACCAAGGCCGGCCGAAACCCGCACACACAAAAACAAAGAUCCCCCGUAUAGCCUUAACAGCCUGUUGGGGAAAAGCGCUGUUAGCGAACAUAAAAACGGGCCAACUCACACAGGCACACGUACACACACACACGCAGCCCACAUGCAAUCUUCCCGUGCUAAUAUAACCGAAUACUCGGGACGCACACUGACACACGCACACGGAGGAGGGUAGUGAGUGGCAGGGAUGUGGGGCUAUCGUUUGAUUAGGGGCUCCGUACACAGGUGGCUGCUGGUCGGAGCCGUUCUCGGUACCCUCGGCUACCUGUACAGCAGCAGCAGCAGGUACAGCAGGGACAGAGGACUGGAGAAUCACACAGAUACCAGGACGUCGACGCCUCUCUCAUGCUCGGCGCAGCCGGCAGCGGGAGGGCCGCACGGCGGCACGAGUCGGCGCCCCCCUCACGACGGAGGGCGGCAGCAGCAGCAGCGGGGGUGGCGGCGGCAGCGUCAAGACGGCGGAUCCCGCGGGUCGUGCGCGCCGCGGGACGGCAUCGUGUUCCUGAAGACGCACAAGACGGCGAGCAGCACCGUACUCAACAUCCUCUUCCGCCUGGGCGAGAAGCGCCGCCUGCGCUUCGCCUUCCCCAACGGCAAGAACGACUUCGACUAUCCCUCGCCGUUCUCUCGCUACCGCGUGGCGGGCUACUCGCCGGGCCGCUGCUACGACGUCGUCUGCAGCCACAUGCGCUUCAGCCGCGCCGAGCUGGCGCCCCUGCUGCCGCCCGACGCCGCCUUCUUCACCAUCAUGCGCGACCCGGCGCGCGUCUUCGAGUCGUCGUUCCACUACUACCGCGCCGUCGUGCCCAGCUCGUGGAGGGUCCGGGGCGACGACCCCUUGCGGGAGUUCCUGCGCGAUCCCCGCGGCUACUACGACCCAGCGAGCGUCAACUCGCACUACCUCAAGAACCUGCAGGCCUUCGACAUGGGCUUCGAUAACAACGCGGUGCUGUCGCGGGACGACGGCGGUGACGGCGGCGGCGGCGGUGGCGGCGCGUUUGGCGAUCGGCAGGAGGAGGAGGAGGACAUUGCUCGGCGCAUGAUCCGGGAGGCGGAGGACACCUUCUCGCUCGUCAUGAUCUCGGAGCACUUUGACGAGUCGCUCGUUCUGCUCAAGGAGCUGCUGUGCCUAGACGAAGAGGAUAUCACCUACUUCAGGCUCAACGCGCGCUCCACGUCCACGGCGAGCCGAGGAGAAGGAGGAGGAGGUGGUGGCGCUGCUGGUGGUGGUGGAGGCGGUGCCGGCGGAGGUGCUUCUCGAGGAACCGGGGGGAGCGGUGCCGGACACACUCCUGGCGCUAGAGGAACUCGCGCCGGCGAAGGCGACGGGGGACGUGGGACCGAAGCGGAUACCGGAGGCGACGAUGGGAGAAGCGACGGCCUUGGCCGUAGCCCCGGAGGAAAUGACGGCGCUGACGAAGCCGCUGGAGCCUCGACGGCGACGGCGGACACGCCGCGCAUGGACCCGGACACGUACCGCCGCGCUCGCCGCUGGAACCGCCUCGACUCGCUCCUCUACGAGCACUUCAACCGCAGCCUGUGGCGCGAGGUGGCGCGCUUCGGCGAGGGGCGAAUGCGCGCCGCCGUGGCGUCGCUGCGCCGACGCAACGCCGCGCUUGCGCUCGAGUGCACCGAGGAAGGGGGUGCCGUCGACGCGUCGGCGGUGCGCGACCCGGCCCUCAGGCCGUGGAGGCCGAUCGGCUCGCAGCCCAUCAUGGGCUACAACCUGAGGCGCGGCAUCCCGCGGGGCGCGACGCGGCGGGCGUGCCGUCGCAUGCUCACGCCCGAGCUGCAGUACAUGAGCGAGCUGGGGGCCAACCUGUGGAUCACCAAGCUGUGGGUGCGGCUCACGCAGCUGCUGCAGUGGUGACGGGGACGCGCACGCGGCCGGUGCUGCGGCGGUCAGCGCUACGCCGCGCUACGAACCUGGCCACCCGGGUUCGAUUCCCGCUCACGGCCAACACCCAGUGACGAUUAUCUGAAUCGAGGUCGAAUCAGCCUCAAAAGAGCACCUGGUGCGGUGUGUAAAAACAUCGCCACUGGGGAGACAAAGGCGGUCGGGCGUGGUGUUUGCCACCCAUUCCCUCGUGUGCCUUCCUGGCCUUCAUCGGUGUUCGCUAACAGCACUUGCCCCAACAGUCUGUUAAGGCUACACGGGGGCAUUUUUGCCUUUGUUUGUGUGUGUGUGUGUGCGUGCGCGUGAGCGUGGCAAUUUCCCGCACCUCUUCGAUCUGCACGGUUGGUUACGUGCCGUGUGAAAGAAGUUCAACGUACAUACGAGGAGAAGCGGAGUCGGUUCGUAAAGGUCUGACCGCCCCGAGGCAAAGGAAGAUCAAGAAACUUGACAAGGGGGCGGGCCCCGAAAUUUCAGGGCCCACGUCAGAGAGUGGUCCCUGUAAGCAGACAUGACAGAACUAGAGUAGACUCUAGAUUUAUCCGCGCGCGGUUUAUGCGAUUUGCGGAUUAACUGAGCACCUGAGAGUUUAACAUAAAUUAAUAACUCGUGGAUUUUCCCUUAAGCCCAAAUUCAUAAUCUUAAAGUUAUACAUUGUUAUUCUUGGAAAUGUGUAUUCAAAGUCACGUCCUUAAAUCGAACAAAUUUUUGGUCCGGUUAAUCCGAAAUCCACGUGAUCGCCUGUACAGUACAGAAGUUGCAUAUAUUUACAACAGUGGGCAGAGUUUGAUUGAUUUUGAUUGGCGUGGCUCUGCUAUCAUCCACUUAGUGAGCAAAGUCUUCUGCAUAGGCAAAUGUGGUUUUUGGCGUAGAGAUCCCAAUGAAAAUUAUAAAAAAAAAUCCGCGGCCGUCCUCCCCGUCUUCAACGCGGAUAAUCGAGAGUCUAUUGUACUUAUAAGAUCACUUCAUGGCGAGGUUCGGUCAAAUAACUCCCAAUGGCUAACGCAGCCCUCAUCCAGUGUUGGAUUGAGCAAUGUUUAAUAUUUUUUACAAUUUGUGGUCAAAUGUGGAUAGUUCUAUUAGCACGGUUGGCUACGUAUGGUGCGAAAGAGCUGCGACAUACAUACAUACAUACGUCUGGCCAGCAUGGCAGAGUAGGCCAGACAAUCAGGGGCUUUGUAGAUACCAAUGAUGUAUGGUCAUAUGAAGCAAGUUAUAUUGUCGAUGACUAUGUAGAAAUGAGGCACCUAACAAUGCAUUGACUCACCGAUUAGUACGGUUGGCUACAAACGGUGGGAAAUAAGUUCAACAUACAUAGUCUAAGAUUGAUUAUUACACUCAUGAUAUGUGCAUCGCAUUGUGCAUGUAGGACCCACUUACUUGCAAUGAAUACAACUUACAAUCAAACGCUAUGCUCGUGAUACAUUUAGGCUAAUGCAGUGGACAAAAAUGAGUAUUACAGAGACUCCUCUAUUUACGAACAUUCCACUUACGAACUUUCAGAGAUACGAACAAACCUGUCGGUAUGCCCAGUUUCUUGUUCGGACCGAGAGUCGUUAAGUUCAACCGCCGCGCAAUAGAUGGCGGUGGUGGCAUCGACAUCUGCAGAACGUGAAGAACCAGUGGCAUCUACAGGAGAUUAUUCAACUUUUAAAGCCAUUCCCCGUGUUUAGUGUACGUGCCGUACAACAUGUUUGGACUUGACGGGAGUAAAGUUGGACUUAUGAACAAAUCGACUUACGACGAACAGACCUCUGGAACCUAACUCGUUGGUAAGUAGAGGAGUCCCUGUAUUAUUUAUGGGUUUUUUCGGUCAAGUCACGUAGGUAAAAAAAUAAAAUUAAAAUUCAUAAAAGUAAAAUAAAAAUAAAAUAAAAAUCACGACGUUUCGGAGGCAACACAAGCUUCCGUCUUCAGGUGGAACCGUCACAGCACGACUGCUGCAUCAAGUAAGAGAAAUUCCAAGAAAACAGUCCUUGUAUAUAGAUUGGUUGAGGGUGGGAGGAGCCAUUGUGAGGUUCGGUGCGGCUGAAGCACGCUGCAAGGAAUGAGCCUUUGUUGUGUAGACUGGUUGAAAUGGGAGGUUCCAAGAGUUGUUUAGGUGCGGCUGAUGUAAAGGUGCGGUUGCUGUAAAUUCAAAUCUAGAGAUGUUAACUACCUCGCCUGGUAUACAGGAGGUCGUGGGUUCGAACCCGAACCUGAUGCAUGCUGUAUAUUUGGAGUUUGCAUGUCUCUGUCUCUUCCUGUGGUCACGUGGAUUUUUCUCCGGGUCCUCCGGUUGUUCCCUCCCACAUUUAGAAUCAACGUCACGCAUUUAAGACUAUUUGGCUGCGAUUAAUUUCCACGCGAUGAAAACGCCACUUUGUUGAGCUUGAUAACAUUUGUGAAGGCCAGGUCGCUUCUAAAAAAUUAACCCGUAAAAACAAAGUUUUUCACUUUAAAUCCUUUAUAUGCGUGGCGGCUAGAGUCCUAUCGUCCUCUGGCUUGAGAUGACUGCCACCUAUGGGUCAGAUGAUUGUCUGCCAGCAUUAAGCAAUUGGUAAUUAAAUAUAGAAUUUUUUUUCCCUAAACAGUGUAAAAUUUUGGAAAAAAAAUUUCACGAAAAUUAAUUGUUACGCACAACGAGUCUGUGUGGAAAAUGUCAGCUCGAUUGGAUCACGGGAAGUGGGUUAAAAAACGACCGAAAGAUUUGCACGGCCGUAAGCACGCAAGCAAGCACGCAAGCAAGCAAGCAAGCGAACUUAAUAUAAAGGAUUUAAAAAACAGCUACAUCGCUGUGGGGCCUUACCCGGUAAAAUAAAAAAUAGCUUAUUGUAGUUUAAUAGUUUUUGUAAGUUUAGAUGACGAUGGCUCAUGUCACGUGAGCCUGGCACCAAGGCUCUUCUCCGCUAUCUGCACUCCUUUAUGUACGCUGUCUCUACGAUGGACGGUCCUGGCUUUCUGCCCCCAGUUCGCCGUGGGGAGGGCUAAAAGUUGAAUGUACAUCUUGUUUAACACGUAGGCUUUCGCGACCAAUAUCCGUAAUGAAGGUUUUUUUUUGGGUUAGAUCACGUAGAUAUUAAUUUAGGACCGAAACAGGAAAACUUCUUCACAGUUCUGGCAAAACCGUCUGAUAAAGCUGGUUGUAAUCACCAGCGAAACGCCGGAGUCAAAGUGUAAAUGUUGUGGGUUUACUCUCCAACACACCGGUGCGCUGAAGUAGUAACUAAUUGACACGUUUUGUUUUACGUAUUUUUUUUACUUAAUUGGCUUUGUCGGGUGGUGGAGGGUUAAUGACACAUUUAUAUUUCCGCGGUCUAACCAAAACAACCUUUACCAUGCGCAGCCUGUCCUUGCGACAAAUAUUUACUCGAGCAAGGCAGGCGGGAAAAGUGCUGCCCCCUAGUGUGCGAAUCAGAACUGUCUUAAGAAGGGAUUUCAGACGUAGUUCUGUGAUGCCAAUUCCACGGACCGCUCUCUAGCAACACGAAGAGUCGGCACCGCUCUGCAGGAGUUCUACAUGGAUUUUUGGUCUCGUGAAACUACGACCGACAGCAAAAUCGGGAUACAAUAAUGGAAGGAACAAAACCAUUCCAGUUUCUUUAUUUUGCACGUCAGUGGCUCAGAGAAGAGGUAUCGUUGAGAGAGUUGGACACGUAGGCUUUCGUGAGCAAUUUUAUCCAUAAGGAAAGUUUUUUGGGGGGCUAUAUCGCACAAAUAUGAAUGUGUCGUUAAACCCGACACCAAAUGUGUACUCUCCAACACACCGGUGUGCUGUACUCGUAACUAAUUGGCAUGUUUUGUUUACGUGACAAACCUUCCUACUUUGCUGUGUCGGGUGGUGGCGGGAUUAACAACACAUUUAUAUUUACGCGAUCUAACCCAAACAAAAACGUCAUGAAGGAUUGUUGAGACAGUACACCAAGUAGAUUGCUCACGCGUAUUUGUGCAUCUUUCAUCUUCACACGUAUGGUUUGCAUUUCUCUCCUGUUUCAUCCCCAGUUGAAAGUGACUCGAGUAGAAAUCAACAUUCCCGGCAAAUGCAUCGUGAAAAACAGUCUGAGGUCAAAGAAAGCUACAAGCGUGAAGCGAGCCCUUCGUGUCAUGCAGUCCACGGCCACGUGACGUCUACCACUUCGAAAUAGUAACCCCGACACAACAUUUAUCAAUCACCGUGAGCAUAACAGCCACGCUGAUCUGGUACUAGAGAGGGAAUAUUUUGAAGCUGGCAAGAACAAGCACUGUCUUCUUGGUUCUUUCGGUAAAGUGACGUAGAAUGGAAAUAAUAAAAUAAUAAAAAUAAAACAUUUUAUGAUAUUAUUUUAUUAUGUUUUAUUUUUAUUAUUUUAUUAUUUCCAUUCUACGUGACUUUACCGAAAGAACCAAGAAGAUGAAUCCCUGCAGUCACGAAAGCUUUAAAUCGAAAUUUAACAAGCACUGUGUUUCUAAUAUGAGCGCGCUCAGUCUGUUCUAUCAUAGCAGAAGUAAUAAAGGCGUGUGUGUCCAUGCGCAUGUUGUGUAACGUAUCGGCGUGGAGGGGUGCGCAGUGGAAUUGCACUAAAAACUUGACGGACCCGAGUUCGAUUCACCGCUCACGGCCAACAUCGACGACGAACAUCUGAACCGGUCGUGGAGCUGCCCUCUGGUUCAACUCAGCCUCAAAUGAGUACCUGGCACGGCGUGUAAACAUCAGCACUGGGUGAGACAAAGGCGGCUGGGAGCAGUGUUAUUGGCCACUCGCCCCUCCUCGCGACACGUGGUGGCCUUCGUAGACACUCGCUAACAGCAUCUUGCCCCAACAGUCCGUGAAAGGCUAUAUGGGGGAUCCUUGUGUAACGUAUUAUACCGAAGCAAUGCAAAGUUAUUGGUUAACAAUAGGAUGCAUUACUCUUGGGGCAAAUAAAUGAAACUGAAAAAAUUUAAUUAAACAAGUUUGUGUUUUGCAUUUGUGUGUCAAUAUUUAUAAAUAUGCUGCACUUCAGAGUGUUACAAAAGGCACUAUAAUAACGGAAACAUUAAUUUUAAUUACGAAAAACACUCACUAAAUUUACAACAACAACAAAAACAAAAACAGUCGUUUCGUCCCAAAAUUCAAACUAGCCGUACUAAUUGGACAUCAGGGAGAGUGGUCCUUGCAAACGUAUAAUCAUAAUAAUAAUAUCCGCUGUUUGCGUCCAACGAAGUGGUUUCCGCGUUUUAUCAACUCGGGUGAGUAAGAUUUACUUUUCGGUUAUGGAUGUAGUGCUCUAUAUA